UCUCAUCAGCUCCCAACUCCUAAUACAAAAACACCAAUCUUGUCAUCAUGAUUUCGUCUGUAACUUUUUUGCUAGCAGUAACAAUUGCCGUAGCUUUAGCUGCUCCAUCACCAUCCGGUCUUUGGGCUGGACAUGGAGUCGCCCUUGGAGGCCCAGUUCUCGGGCCAUCCGCUCUUGCUGGCCCAGUCCUUGGACCAACUUCUCAAGCUGGACCUCAAGUUGGACCUGCGAAAAUUUCCGGAGCUGUUGAUGGUGGUGCUGUGGUCACUGGAUCCGUUCAAGGCCCGUCUGUCGUUUCCGGCAGUGUAACUGGUGGAACUGCAGUCAAUGGCUGGGGUGCACCUUGGGGGGCUGUAGAUGUUGCUCAUUCAGGCGUUGCUCAAAAUGGCGUUUGGGGAGCAGCUCCAUGGGGUGCUGCAGUUGCUGCGCCAUGGGGAGCCGCUCAUGGAGGCGUGUGGGGAGCAUCACUGGCUGGACCAGUAGUUGGACCUGCUGCAGUUGCUGGACCUGUCGCUGCUCCAGUUGUCAUUGCUGGACCAUCUGGAAGUAUUUCUUCUGGACUGGGAGGAGCUCCUUUGAAUGCUCGUCUUGGUGCCCACUGGUAAAAUUUGCCCUGCGAAAACACCGACUGAUUCCCCUGACGAACGUGAUCUUAUGAUAUCCAUUGAGGACGGCAUGAUCUCCAUUUGUUACCACUAGUACCUCUCAAUGCAAUUUUGUUGCGUUUUCUAGGUGUACAUAACAAAGGUUCAUCAUUAUAUAUUUUUUAUAAUAAAGAGCAUACCAAUUAAAA